UUUUGGUUUGGAUCAGUUCAGAAAUUGGAAUUUUUUAUGAGCCAAGGUCGGAAAGACCAAGAGAAGUACACAAACUAACGUCAUUUUUUGUAGACGAUGUCGGAAAUAUGUCAAAGUACUGAUCGAUUCAAUUAAUUUAUUUAGAGUUAAUGAGUCAAAAUGAAUCAAGAAGAGAUAAAAUCUGUGGUACAGGAAAAAUUCCUAUCAAGUGAAAAAGUUACUGCAUUUCUGUGCGAUGCUAAACUGCAUUGUGAGACUGUGAAGAAAGAUAGGCUCCUGGUGAUCGUGGAGUAUGGAGACGAAAAGGCAGUAUUUUGUUUGUUCACAUCUUGUCACCCACCUAAAUCCUUCACAGACUUGUCUAUAGAAGUGGUUCUGCCUAUCGAUAACACUUUCAAAUGUGAGAUCGAUAAUAAACCCUCAGACCCAGAGGCGGUCUUGUACCUGAACUUACAAUCCCAUAAUUCCAAAUUUAAAUUUGAAAUCGAGAUGACUCCGCGCGUGGAUAACUUUGUCGAUGAUUUAUUUAGAGGCAUAGAAGCUGUGAGUAAAAUGCCCACUCAACCAGAAUUUGUUUGGCUUAAAAAAUAUAGUGGUAAAAGUGAGGAGGAUACAGCAGUACAAAUGGUUUUACCUAGAAGUGGAGUUGCGCAUACGCAGGGUUCUGCUCCCGUGGCUAUCAGAGAGAGCCUAAUCAAGAGAAAAAUGAGUGAUAAGGAGCAUGAUUACACAUUUAAUAAACAGUUUACAGUUUUUUGUGGAACAUGGAAUGUGAAUGACAAAUCGCCAGUGAUCCCUCUAGAAGGCUGGCUCAAUGUUGAUAAAGAACCACCAGACAUAUAUGCAGUUGGAUUUCAAGAACUUGACUUGUCGAAGGAGACUUUUCUGUUUGACCAAACUUUCAGAGAAGAUGAAUGGUACUAUGCAGUGGUUAACUAUGUUGGUAAGAGGGCCAAAUAUGUUAAGGUAGAGAAAGUAAGACUUGUUGGAAUGAUGCUUAUUGUUCUUAUCAAGCAAAAACACAUGUCUCAUGUACGUAAUAUAGUUUGUGACACAGUUGGCACUGGUAUUAUGGGCAAAAUGGGCAACAAAGGCGGAGUGUCUAUAAGGUUUGACCUGCACAGUACUUCUGUCUGUUUUGUGAACUCCCAUUUGGCAGCUCAUGUGGAGGAGUUUGAGAGAAGAAACCAGGACUUCAGGGACAUCUGUGGUAGAACUAGGUUCUUGCAGCCGAAUCAACAAUCCAAAGGAAUUAAGGACCAUGACCAAAUAUUCUGGUUGGGCGAUCUAAACUAUCGCAUAACAGAACUAGACCCGACUACGGUAAAAAAAAUGGUGAAUGAAAAAAAUUUUGCAGCAGUUCUCGAAUUUGACCAACUCAAGCAGCAGCAUAAAAACAAUUUUGUAUUCGCCGGGUACUCUGAGGGACCAAUCACAUUCAAACCCACCUAUAAAUAUGACCCAGGAACAGACAACUGGGACUCGAGUGAGAAGAACAGAGCACCAGCUUGGUGUGAUAGAAUAUUCUGGAGGGGAGAUGGAAUCACACAAUUAGAUUACAGGAGCCAUCCAACACUGAAUAUCAGUGACCACAAACCAGUUUCAGCUAUAUUUAGGUCAUCAGUCAAAGUAAUUGACGAGGAAAAAUACAGAAAAGUUUAUGAGGAUGUUAUUAAACAACUGGAUAAAAUGGAAAAUGAACUCAUUCCACAAGUAAAGGUUGAUGUCACUGAAAUAGAUUUUGGUACAGUGCGUUACUUAGAACUGCAAGUGAGGACAAUCACAAUAAAGAAUAUUGGGAAACUCCCAGUGGAAUUUGAGUUCAUAAAGAAACUGGAUGAAACCAGUUUCUGUAAAGAAUGGCUGAUUGUGGAACCCUAUAAGAAAUGCAUUUGUGCUGAUGAGUCUUGUGAAAUUCAGCUUAAAGUACUUAUAAAUAAGACUUCAGCUUGUAAAAUUAAUGCUGGGACUGACAAAUUGUAUGACAUUUUAGUUUUACAUUUAUAUGGAGGCAAAGAUAUUUUUAUAACAAUAUACGGGACAUACCAAAGAAGUUGUUUUGGUUGCUCUAUAGAGGUUUUAGUGAACUUAAACAUGCCUAUUCGAGAAGUUCCUGUGGGCAAACUUAUUGAGCUGGAGAAUAAACGGGAUCAAUGUGUGUCGAACCAGUCAACUUAUUCCAUACCAAAAGAGAUUUGGUUCUUAGUUGACCACAUUUACCUACAUGGCCUAAAAGAGCCAAAUUUAUUUGAACAGCCCGGUUUACAUUCAGAAGUGUUGCAGAUUAGAGACUGGCUCGAUACAGGUUCUAUCGACCCAAUUCCUGGGAGCAUCCACUCGGUGGCCGAAGCCUUAUUACUGCUGCUCGAAAGCACCACUGACCCCAUCAUUCCUUACAACCUUCAAUCAAUAUGCCUUCGGGCGUCGUCAAACUAUCUACAAUGCAAGCAAAUAGUAAUGGAGUUACCAGAGUUCAGGAAGAACGUGUUUUUGUACUUGUGCGAGUUUCUACAGGAAGCAUUGCAACACAGUGCAGAGAACGGACUGGAUGCCAAGACGUUGUCCACAUUGUUUGGAGAAAUAUUCCUUAGGGACAACCCUAAUCAAAUCCAGGAGCCCCAAUCAAGGAUCAACAAGCAAGUGAUUGACAAAAAGAAAGCGCAGUUUGUGCACCACUUUUUGGUCAAUGAUCACAGUGACUUAAUUUUUACUAGAUAAACAUCUUCAUUAUAAUAUUUAAACUGUUUGAUAUAAUAUAUCAAAUAAUCGUACUCUCUGGGGAAGGGAAACAAGUCUCUAAAUGCUAAUACUCAAUUUCCAUUCGUACUUUAAAUUAUUUUAAUGUAACACUUAUUAUUUAAGUAUUUUUAGUAACUUCCACAGUUAAUUGUAAUACCUACCAUAACAGUACCAAGUACUUUAUUAAGAAUUUUAUAUAGUUUAAUUACAUGUAUACUAAAUAUUUGUAUUGACAUCACAAAUGUGAAAGUGACACCAUUAUUUUUUUUUAAUUUUUCAGUUUUUAAUAAGUUUAGUUCAUAUAAUUAUGAUUGUUAACCAAAACUUCAAAGGACCCAUGCCAAUGUAUUUAUUGUUUUAAAUAAUAGAAGGUAAUUAACUAACUAGACAUUUAGAAAAAAUAUGUUUCAUACAUAACAUGAUAAGCACGGGCGUAGCCAGAGGGAGGUUUUGGGGGUUCCAACCCCCGUCUAUCAUAAAAUUAAAAUAAAAACAAGGCGUGCGGUAACUCGUUUAUUAUUAUUCCAACAUUAAAAUAUGUGUUUUUUAUUCCCUCACUCCACCCGCCAUCUCCGUACUGUCUUUUACAACUGGUAUAACGUAACUUAAUUUUUUUAUUUAGCCCAUACUGCCCCAAUGCUCGAAAAAGGACACCCCAAUUCUCAAUUUUCUUAUGAAUAUAAGGGUGUGUACUUUUUUUUCAUAAUAAAAUCUGGCUACGCCCGUAAUCAUAAGUAGGUAUCUAUUGAAAUAAAUGUAUAAAACGCCCUACUCUGCAAUCUGUCAUUGCAACAGAAAAGGAUGCAGGAUUGCGAAAGAAGUAUGUAUUUCCUUUUUUAUUAUAUACCUGCAUCCCUUUCUUUUAAAGUGAUUGCUAGCCAUAUUGUUGCAGUGCACGCUAUAAGACGCAUCACAUUAAACAUUUGUAUUUUGUAUAAUGUUUAUACAUAAAUAGUUUUGUAUAAAUUGUAUUCUCCAAAUGUGCCGUAAUUGCCCAUAUAAAUGACGAGUAUAGUAUACUUACCUGAAGUUAUACCGAAUUCAAUUUUAUAGUUUUAUAUGAAUAGUUUCUUUUUAUAUGAGUAGUAAGGACACUCACGAUGGAAUUUAGAACCACUAACUUCAACUUAAUUUCAAUGUAUUAGUUUAGGGAGAUGGGCGAGACAUUGUGUCGCACAUCGCACUACGUUUACAGUAUUAACAUAAUAAUUCCGCGCCAAGAAAAAAGUCCCGAGGCAAUGUGUGCGACUAUCAUUAACAGAUCGGCCACGUUGUUGUUGUCAAUGACUUUAGCGCUGCGACUACGGGUCUACAUGCGUGAUUCGGUCUCUAAGUAAAGGCUGAAAGUGCAUGAGUAUUUAUAAUAUGGGUCACUGGCAUUUGUAUUAGGUUUUUUAAACUGUAUUUAUGUUAUUACCUGAAAUAAAAUGAUGUAUUUAUUUAUAAUGAGGGCGCUGUGUACGCUGAGACUGGCCACACUGGAUGUUUAUCAACGAAUCUGACUUCAUCGUAUUAGAUUUAGUAUAGCAAUGGCAAAAAAUUUACUUCGCUAAAAUUUCGUUUUCCACUCUUUAUAGACAGAGCUGUAGUUGCAUGUAUUAUUUGCAAGAGUAUAAAUGUUCUUCCAUUGAUCUGAUUAACUUUAAGAUAUCACUGGGAUGUUGCAAACUCCGUCAUUACCUGUCAUUAGCUGUGGCGUAGCGAUAUUGCGAAACCAAAGGGCGACUGGGCUAUAUGUACGUACAGGGCCAGUUUUGUAAUGGAAAUAGUAAUUUUUAAGUAUGUAAUUAUGUUUCGCUAAUUCUCAGUAACACCAUUGAUAUGAGAUAUUAGUAUUGUUUUAUGACAUUAAAAUACGGGUAAUUACGACUCCGCCCCGGGCGACAAUGGCUUACGCUACGCCACUGUCAUUAAAUAUCCAAUAUUUGCUUUUAAAUGUUGAAAAUGUACGGAUUUGUCUAAAUUCCCAGUAUAUCAAUGUGUAGACUCCGUACUACGAAAAGAUGUCCCGCAGACGUGGCGCUACUGUCGCCGCAAACUACAAUAUAGUAUAUCUGUUAUUAAUAGUUCCUCAAGUUGCCACAGGACCUCCUUCGUGGUACGACCUCUUGUAUAUUUACGUCUUAGUACAUUACCAUAACACUAAUAUAUAUUUACAAAGUGCUUUCUAAGCGAGACAACGAAUAUGACUUAAUUUAUUUUUAAGGUAAUUGCUGUCUAUGUCUAUUUGUAAAAAUUCAUCACUUGAAGGUUUUAUUUACCCAUAAAUGAUAUACAAGCGAAGAUGUAAUAUUAUUAUUUUUCUGUUUCCUCCUUCAAAUCAAGCCAUAUUUAAACAUACUAUAAAUAUUGUCAUCACCUCAAUAUUUAAAAAACAGAUCCAGUUUAUUUUCUUAAUAAUCAAUGCGAUCUCUGCGAAUAGGCAAGCUUAUUGCACUCUUUCUUAUUAUUAUUAUUGCAUUCUUUCUAAGAAUCGUCUUCACUGCUGAAAAAUGAUAAAAUUCAGAAGCUUAUAUAGUUUUUUUUUUUCGUUUACUUCAAUCAAUGCAAUCUGCAUUCUCACCAUGUAAAUCAAUUACUUAUUUGUAACAUAUUUUUAAAAAUAACAUCUGUUACAUAAACUGUAAUAAUUUUGUUGUUAAUUUAUUAAAUUGUUUAUAACAA